AUGGCCAAACGCAUGAAAAGAACGCAACGCCGCCGCCGCCUCCAAAAGCAAAACCCUAUGAACCACCUCCCGGAGGACCUCCUCCUCCACAUCCUUUCUUUCUUCUCCACACUAGACGCCGUGCGAACCUCUUUAAUAUCCAAACAAUGGAAAUCUCUUUGGUCUCGCGUUCCCUCUUGCUUGUAUUUCUCCUACCAUCUCUUCCUCAAAACCAAGACCAACUCUUACGACCAUGCUGAGAUGUUUGCCGACACCGUCAACCGCGCCAUCAACACUCGUCGAUCUGCCAUCCAAACCUUCAGCCUGUCCUUUAUCUACGAUUAUGGCUGCAUCCACCUAGUCGAAGACUGGUUACGCGCCGCCGUGACGCGCCUCCAUGCUCGUGAGCUCCACUUGGACUUCUUCAUCCACGAAGAGUAUCACGAGAAAACGGUUCAAGAUGAUGAAUUCGCAGAUGAUGAUGAAACAAACUUUGACCUCACGUACGUGUUCCCUCUUUCUCUCCUGAACAAUGCAGUCGUGCAAGUCUUGAGGCUCACGUAUUGUAUUCUUGAGUGGCCUGAAGACAACAUGACGAUGAGUCUUGGUUCGUUGAGGUCCAUUUUUCUUGAUAUGAUUUAUCUGACGGACCUAAGUGUGCCGCUUUUGAUUGAGUGGUGUCCCAAUCUCGAAGAGCUGGAGCUUAAGAACAUUCUGGGGUUGCGGAAUUUGAGGAUUAUUAGCCCUAGGCUUAAGAAGGUCGCUCUUGGAUAUAUUUGUGAGACUAAGAAGUACAGUUGCAAAUCCAUUGUGAUUGAUUGCCCUAACCUUUUGACGUUGAGGUUUCAUGAUUGUGACGCUGAUAGGAUUGUGCUUAAAAAUGCGACUUCCGUAGUUGAGUUUGCUGUUGAUUUCUCAGUUCUAGAUGUUGAGAACUAUCAUGUAUGGUGUAAAACUGCGCGCCUACUCAGGAAAGCGCGUAAUGUUCAGAAGCUCAAGGUGAUAAAUUUGUGGUUUAAGCUUCUGACACCAGAGAAUCUCUUCCCUAAAACUUUGAAGCUCCGUAAUCUCAAAUAUCUAGAGCUUCGAACUGGAUAUACUCGAUAUGAUCUGGUUGGCAUGGCUGCAUUGCUCGAACGUUGUCCCAAUCUAGAGUCAAUGGUUCUUAGUUCAAUUUCCAAAAUGGAAGAAGAUGGAAGUUUAACAGAGGAGGUCUUGAAUAAACCGAUUGAAUUCAAGAUGCCAGCGCUUGAGCAAGUUAAGCUGCCAUCGUAUUCAGGUACGAGAGAAGAACGCAAGUUUCUGAAGAUUUUGAGAGCACAAGGAAUAGCCAGAGAGAAGAUUGUACUUGAUUCACGAUGA